GUGAAUUUGAUAGGUACAGGAAGUCGCACCAGACUGGAGAUUGAACCGGCAAUCAAUAAAAAAAGAACUAUGGUUCUAAGAAAGAUGCAUCAGAGCUUCCCCCAGGAGUUGUACCAUAUGUCCUAAUAUCCGCGGAACAAUGGAUUUAAUCUUUAGCUCCCGAGGUUGCCAUUCCCAGCUCUGGAGACAAUUCUGAAAAAAGGAAUCUUCCAACCUGCCGCUCUUUACGCUUGCAGAUGAUUUACAGAUAGGGAGGAUUUUCUUUCCGCUGCCCGCUCAUCAAUUACACCAAAUAAAAGCUGUUUUUUUCUCCUGUUUUUUCCCUUCUCCCCAACCCUCCCCCUCCCCAGCUUUAUUUCUCAUGGCUACUAGUUUAGUAUAUUUAUGGUGCAUGAGUCAUCAAAGUGUCUUCUGAUUGGAUGAAAACCCAACACCCCUGGGACUGUCAGUCAAUUACAGCUAUUCUCAGCUUCAUUCACAGAUUUAUUAGCUUGCACACAGGGAGAAAUUCAUUCAGGAAAGUUCAUUCAUAAAAAUUGCAACACUCUCCAUAUCAAUUUUAAUAUCUCAGCGUUUCCCUGCGAGCUGGAUCCCGAAAGAAGCGAAGUCCAAGGCGGAGGGAGGUGAAGCGGCACUCUCCUGAACGCAGAGCAGCCUGUGUGGGGAUUGAGAGUAACACAGCUGGAGCUGAAGUCUCGGAAAGAAUGUGGAGCAUCACAGGAGUUUUCUUGGAUUGCUGGCUUCCACGGCUGGCAGGCUGAGGUUUUCCAGGAGAAGCCAGGGCUCAGAUCCGACGGGUGCAGCAUGAAGUGACUUUUGCUCCUAUGCUUUAAUUAAAAAAAAAAAAAUCAUGUAUCUAUUCAUGUAGGAAGGAAUAAAGGCUAUGAAAGGGUUACCCUGCAAUUCAGUCCUCCUCGCCCCCAGCCCCCCCCCCCCCCUUGGGAAGCUGUACAAGGAGGGUUUCAGAGUGCAGAGAUCAAGAAGGGGGAGUAAAUAUUUCAGUGGGCUAGAAAUGUUGAGGGGCUGACGGGCUGACUGAUUUGCACUGCUUUGUGUGGAAGGCGCGUGUGUGUGUGUGUGUGUGUGUGUGUGUGUGUGUGUGUGUGUGUGUGCGCGCGUGUGUGCGCGCUUCCACCGCAGUCUGGGCUCCACCAUUAAGGCUUUUCUCAGAGAGCUGGUAACAGCGGGAAGGAGAAGCCUAAGCUCAGAACAGUUGAGAUGCCUGGAUUCUAUUGCAGGAGCCAGUGCAGGGAGGGACAGCAGCUCUCUGGCUGAGAUCAGGGAUGGGGACUGCUUUCUGCAUCAGCUGUUCCCUCCUAGGGUUAAAGAUGUCUGGGAAGAAAUGAUCUAGGCGACAACUCCAUGCUUAGGAGAGAGUCUGAAAGAAAAAAGAGAGAAAGAAUCAGAAAGGUUUCUUUCUCUGAAUUGUAUGGUGUGUUGAAGCAUUUCAUUUCCAUAUCGUUUAUCUACCAGACGGGGAAGCCAAUUUAUGCAACAGUAUCCUGUUUCAGCCCUGCCAAGGCUAUGAGAGGACGCAGUCCGGAGAACCUCAGUGGACACGUACUGUAUGUAGGACUCUUCGGGCACCCCGGGAUGCUGCACAGGGCCAAGUAUAGCCGAUUUCGGAAUGAGCCCAUCACUUCCUUAGAUGAAGGGUCUUCCGCAGGCUCAGUCAAUGUCAAAGGUGUACCUCCGACUUCUCCUUCUUCCCCCCUGCCAGUUCACCUGCCUGGGGAAGAUGUCACCUUGGCGGCUCAGGAUAACCCCACCCCACUGUGCACUUUGAUGCCCCGAAUGGCAAGCCUCAGACUGGCAAAUCCAGCAAACCUGCUGGGACUGAAAAACUUCUGCCUGGGGACCAGAGAGGUGCCCAAGCUCAAACUCUUGGAGAACCGGGGGGCAGCUCCAAGCAGCCCAACUUCCCCAGAAGGCAGCCUUUCCCAGGCUACAUCCGCUGCAUCUCCCCAGCCCGAUGGAGAGGCUCUGGAGAGCUGCAUCCUGCCCACCUCUGAGGCACCACCUUCUCUGGGCAAUCAGGAUGGAUCUUCUCGCCAACACCUAUUGGGGACAGGCAUGAACUACUGUGUAAGGUACAUAGGCUGUGUUGAAGUGCUGCAGUCGAUGAGGUCCUUGGAUUUUGGCAUGAGAACCCAAGUUACAAGGGAAGCAAUAAGUCGCUUGUGUGAAGCUGUUCCAGGGGAAAAUGGACCCAUUAAAAGACGUAAGCCUCCAGUUAAGUUUUUAUCUUCUGUACUUGGCAGAAGUAACCUUCAAUUUUCUGGAAUUAAUAUAAAACUGACCGUGUCAACAUGUAGCCUUACUUUGAUGAACAUUGAUACCCAGCAGAUUAUUGCAAAUCACCAUAUGCAGUCCAUUUCUUUUGCCUCUGGAGGUGAUCCCGACACCACAGACUAUGUUGCCUACGUAGCUAAAGAUCCAGUUAAUCAAAGAGCUUGCCACAUAUUGGAAUGUCCCAGUGGAAUGGCUCAAGACGUCAUAAAUACCAUAGGGCAGGCUUUUGAACUCCGAUUUAAAGAGUAUUUGAAAAAUCCUUCUUCUUUGAAUAUUCCCAGUGAAAGGGAGGAGGUGAAUAUUGAUGACAUUACAGAGGAAAAAGAAGAACAUGAGUAUUACAAUGAAAUUCCAGGGAAGCAGCCACCUGCUGGUGGUGUAUUAGAUGCCAGAAUGAAAGUUCAGACCACAGAGCAAAGAACUUACUGCCCUAUACAAUGUGAAAAGCUAUGCUGUUCACCCCGGAACCCCAAAUGCAGCAGCGUGUAUGAAAAUUGCUUAGAACCCAGUAAGGCAAUAGGUAGUAUCAGUGAAAGAAUUGUGAAGACCCAAAGGGAUCCACCAUUAACGAAGCACAGGUGCAGGGUGGAUCUCUUCGAUGAUCCAUGCUACAUCAACACUCAGCCUUUUCAGACAGCAAUUUGUCCUGGAAAUCAAGACCCAGCCCAAGGACUUGGAAGCCCAUUACAUGGUGCAAAAGUACCGGAAACAGUUCAACCAAGUGCUACAAGUAGGACAGCUGGUCUCUAUGCUCUGCCCCAAAUCAAACGACAGCUGAGGAAUGAAGAUUGCUACCAUGGAAAACUAAGCAGGAAAGCAGCAGAAAGCCUCUUAAUUAAGGAUGGGGAUUUUUUGGUUCGAGAAAGUGCAACAUCACCUGGUCAAUAUGUGUUGAGUGGCUUACAAGGAGGCCAGGCAAAACACCUUCUGCUGGUGGACCCUGAAGGCAAGGUGAGGACCAAAGAUCAUGUAUUUGAUAACGUGGGUCACCUCAUUCGCUACCACAUGGAGAAUAGUUUGCCGAUCAUCUCUUCUGGAAGUGAAGUAAGCCUUAGACAGCCAGUGAGAAAAGAGAACCAAAAAGGCCACUUGCAGCCCUACAAAUGAUAAUAUUGGAACUCUGUUAUCCUGAAAUGCAAAAGAACGCUAUCUUGUGAUAGGUGGAUGGGUUAAAUAAUCUCACGUUUUGUUUCUAAAUACAAGAGAGCCCUGUCAAUGACACCUUCCAAAAGCCAGUAUGGAAUAGGUGUUCUUCUUUGAACCAUCAAGCUUAACCAACAUUCAGAAAGUGAAAAAAAAAUUAGGAGAGAAGAUACUCUGCCUAUGUGGGAAAGGAGAUUAAAGCACGCACAGAUGUCACUUUUAAGGUCACACUGCAUGGAUAACAAGCUGAAAGCACAGUUAAACCACCACAUGCAAGAGACAACUUGAAUGAACUGCUGAGACAGUUGUAUGUGCCUUUUGACUCAAGAUAAUUGGGACAUUUCAUUUUGUUGGAGAAGUUUUAAGUGUUUUUGCAUUCUAGUUAUGUAAAACCAUCUGCCAAAACAAAACCUUUUGUCUUGCAAAGAAAAAAAAGAAUACCAUUUGCUUAAUAGUUAUUGACUUUAAUUUCUUUUUUGCUUUUAGCAGCACUUUAAAAGCAACAUUUAAAAUUAACUAGAUGCUUACCACAGGCUAUGUCCACAAAAAUGAGUGAAGGGGUCAGUCUUUCCCAUUUGCUGUUGGUUAAGGCAACACUAUGCUCUGUAGAAUCAAUAUUUCUGGAUCCUUGCUAUGCAGCCAUAUUGGAGAAACAAAUGGUGGGAAAUUGGUCAGACCAUAUCUGUCCAGCUUGUCAGAUUUAAUUAGAUUCUCUAAAAUGUUGCCUAGAUAAUUCCACAAAAUAAGGAAUAUUUUUUGGAGGAGGUGGCCUCUCUUUUCAUACCUAGCAUGGGUUUAUAAGAUGGCAAACAAGCUACAAACCAAUCUGCAUGGAUGUGGAGUGGAGGCCAGCAUCUGUUUCUCUUCUUUUUGGGAAAACUUUUGCUUCCAGCUUUGUUUCAGGACAUUUAUUUGAUGUAUAAGACAGAAAGUAGGAGGGAGGGAAAGGGGAGAACUUUGUGAUUGGCUGUCAGUGAGCCUUGCAUUGUUAUUGUUGGUUUUCUUGGUCUGGACCUGUUAUUUCAUUGGCAUAUGGAACUCCUAAUAUGGAAACUCCCUUUACCAAGGCAGACAAAUAACUCAUUUGUCACUUACAGUUUUUGAGAGUUGCCUGGCACAUUGAGCAGUUAAAUGAUUUGCUUAUGGUCACACAACUAGUGCGUGCCAGGGGUAGGGCUGGAAUUGAGGUCUUCCUAAGUCCAAGGUUGGCCCUCCAUCCACUAUGCCCCACUAACUCUUUGCAGUGAAUCAUUUUAUCCAUCUUUUCCAGUUCUGAGUAGACAAACAAUAUAGAAAGUGAAAAAUGUUUAAAGCCAAAUAUUUAGAAAAGGCUAUAAUGAAAAGCUCACUGACCUGUAGCCUCAAUUCAGUCACUGAAUGGGGCUGUUCUCAUAAGCAAGUCUGAUGUCCUCUGGACCUUAGUUUACCAGUUUUUUAAAUGAAGGGUUGAGUUUUAGACUAGAGGAGUUCUGAAAUUCCUUCCAGCUCUAAAAAUCUGAUUCUAAGCAUAGCAUUAAAAAAAAAAAUGAAUUAGAUCAGAGCUGACAACUCCUUUAAAUAAUUCAGGCUAUAAAUACUCCUUUACCCCCCAUCCCCCCAUCCACUGUGUUUUCCACCAUAUAGUGAAGGAAAGAAAUGAGACAAUCUUUUAGACAAUUUAAGUUUAAAGCACUUUUGCCUAAAAAAUAAAGGUAAGUGGGGCAAAAGUAGAUUGUAUUCCUUGAAUUAUCAGAUGAACAUCUCUGUUCUUUACUCAAGUUUUCAGGUUGGUAAUUCCAUAACAAAUUAUUUUAUCCUGAGUUAUCUAGCUAUGGAUAGCUGCCUUAACCUCAUUGCAUUUGGGCUGUAUAGAUGCAGCUUUGCAAUUGCGAAAUAUUUAUUUACUAAGGUUUAAACAAAAUGAAAAGAUUAAAUAAAAAACGUAAAUGGGGAAUCAUUUUUUGCAUAGAAAUGUUCAGACAUGAAGCAUGUUAGUUCCUAAAUUUUUUUAUGUCCAGCAUAUAAUUUUACUACAACUGCCAAUAAUUCUUUGAGUAUGCUUGUUUUCUUUUUACAAUAGGUAAUAUUUUAAAAUCAAUUUUGCAUAUGAUCAAUCCUUGAUUAUCUGUGCCAAUGAAGAGGAGUGUGGUUAUGAUUAAUGGAAAAAGGUGAAUAAUCUAGCUACUUUGAGCAAGACUGCCAUAAAUUUUCCAGUUAAGGGGAACAGGGCUUUAGUAGCUAGGCAGUGAAGAGUAGCUCCCAGUACAGAGAUGUAAAUAAAAUGUAGUUGGCUGUAAUGUGACUCAGACUAGUAGAUUAGCUGAAUGAGCAAGUAAUACACUUGAAAAAAAUUCACAUUUAAAAAGAUUUGAUUGCAUGCUAUACAUUUUAAUCAAUAUUCCCUUCCUCUCUUCUCUGCCUUGAACUGGCUUAUGAACACAUGUAAAUGACUUUUUAAAAAAAGAAACAAAUAAAUAUUAGUAUUGCUUUGUGACAAUA